AUGGGGAAAGGAGCCCAAAAGCCAAAUUCUUCAGAUCCAGAGGAAAUGUUGAACACCUGCGGCAACGUAGAGAAAGAAGACAAAUGGGGGUCCAACAUCAAGAAAUCAGACUGGAAAAGAUCCCGCUCGUCACGGGUUUUCAUCCUUGUGUCCUUCCUUGUGGUGCUGGUGCUCCUCGUCUUCACCCUGCUGGUGUCCGUAACUGUUGUACGUUUGGGACGCCGGUUGCCUCACCCGGACUUCUCCCACGUCUGCCCAGAUACCUGGCUUGGUUUCCAAGGGAAAUGCUAUUAUUUUUCUGAUGUUGAGAGCAAUUGGACCACCAGUCAGGAAAGCUGCGAGGCCCUGGGAGCUUCGCUGGCCCUUAUAAGCACCAUGGAUGAACUGACCUUCAUUAAACGCUAUAAAGGCGAAGCGAACCAUUGGUUUGGGCUGCGAAGAGAGAACGAUGGCUGGUGGUGGACCAACGGCACAGCCUUCAACAACUGGUUUGAGGUGCGGGGUGGUGGACCCUGUGCAUACCUCAACCAGGAGAGGAUCAGCUCCUCGCUGUGCCACACCAAGAAGAACUGGCUCUGCAGCAAACCCGACAGCUACAUCCUCUGGAAGCAAAAAGCAUAUCCAGAAGAAAAGAUGCCAUAA